GCAACACUAUGACGUGUUCCUGACAUGGCCUACAUUACGCUGUAUUACGCAACAUGCACCAGUCCUGUACGCCAAUCACAGUGAAACUCAAGGUGCAAUAUGUCGUGAUAUUCUCCAUUAUGCCUUGAUGACACAAGGGAGAGAGACGUAGUGAUACUCCGAUUAUCCAGUGUCAAUGGACAUGCAUUCGAGAUUGGGCUUCAUGUUGGCAGUGUUUAUGUUUGAAUCUGUACCUCUGGUGCUUGGAAGUGAUACAGUCCCAGGCAAAGUCAGCAACUUGAAAACGACAGGAGUGACAUCCUCGGCCUUUGGUCUUUCAUGGACAGCACCUACAAGUAGCAUCCCCUUCACAAGCUACGUGAUCUUUAUAAUCAAGGAGGGCAAAUGUGCACAAGCCAGCUUCCUCAGAUGCUCUCAAAAUAGUACAACUCAUGCAAAUGCUAACUGCCCCUACCAGAUAUUCGCGGGUGUAUAUGAUACCUGUCACGGUGUCAUGUCUUACAACAUCACGGCGAAGCUGACGUCGUACACAGACUACGUUGUCGCUGUAGCGGCUGCUUACGAGACCACCGCAGGGGAAAACUCCACAAUCACAGUGAAGACACAAAUUGGAAUUCCAGCACCACCGACCAACAUCCGCCUAACUGCUCAGAACCAGUCAGCCAUCCUGGUUGAAUGGGACAUUCCUUUGCACAAUGCCGGGCCUACGUGGUACAAUGUUACGGUUCUUGGUGCAACAAACAGGAUGUCUAGCAUCUUCAUUGCCCAACGUGAAUACAAAGUUGAAGGUUGGAAGAGCAGUUCCUACGAGGUGACGGACUUGCUGAGCAGUUGGAGGUACAUGGUCAGCAUCACGGCCAGCACCAACGUGGGAACCUCAGACAGAACAACAUCCCAAUAUGUCAGUACGCUACCAAGCGCUCCUGGCGUCGUGAAGAACAUCCACAUGAAGUUUGUCCCAAAUCAAUACCUGGCAGCCAGACUCAGCUGGGAAUGUCCCACCGAGAAGAUUAGGAAUGGGCGCAUCACUAGCUUCACCAUCAUCUACACAGGCAAUGUGUCCAUGACGAUGACGGCAGGGAGCUACUACCCCGAAGACCCUUGCACCGCCCCCCACACAGCGUAUCUCCCUGUCAUCCCAGAUGGGCAGUACACAGUCAAGGUAUGGGCCAAUGCUGAAUUUCAAGGAAACAAAUCAACAAUGAUUUUUGUAGCAGACCGUAAUAAAAUGUCCUACACGCCAUCGAUUUCCAACACAACUGUAUCGACAGCAGAUUCCAACAGCUUAAUAGUUGCAUCCGCCACAUGUGGUUCCACAAUCGCCAUCCUAUCUGUCGUUGUCAUUGCUCUUGUUCUGACAAGACCAAGAGGUGUUUUACCAGAAAAGCAACUGUAUGGAUCAUUAGGCUGACUGAUCAUCAACAGGACAUUUCUUAGAACAAACAAGAACGAAACAGUGUCAUAAUAAAGUUAUCCUGGAACGAUUCUGCAUUUGUCCUUAUUUCAGAUUGAGUUGAUUGAACUUCUCAAAAUAACAUCAUAUUAUUGUGGACACCAAUGACCAAUGCCUUCGUUCUACUGAUAUAUUGGUGAUAUACCCCCAUCCCUACUGAAAGAAAUGACCCACUAUUUUGUAGGGUUGCGACGGGUACUCGAGUACCCGAUAACGGGUCGGGUAGCUUAGGACUCGAGUCCAAUUUUCAGGACUCGAGUACCCGUUCAGGGGAGAUAGUUAUGCAAUCAUCAUGAAUUAAGUCCGUUCUCAGUAGUCUAGAUCUUAUACUUACCAGAUCUGAUUUAGUACUUUCCAUGAGACAGGCGUACAAUGAGAAAGUCCAUGUUGUGGUGAUAAGAAAUCACAAAUGACAUUCCACAAGUGUUAGUUAAAAUUCGUUUGAUAACUUUUCAUGAUCACUGAUUUUUUUAUUUUUGUUCGGUUAAAUAACAAAUUAGGUUGUUCAAAGUUGCAAGUUUGUCUUUAUGCUU